AUGGAGAAGAUUACGGAUAAGAUCAAUGCCCUGCCUGAUGGAGCGAACUACUUCUCUCUUGAGUUCUUCCCGCCAAAAACGGCAAUGGGCUUUGCAAACCUCCAAACACGAUUAGAGCGCAUGUCCCAGGCUCUGCGCCCGCUCUUCGUCACCGUUACCUGGGGGGCAGGAGGCUCGACUGCUACCAAGUCGCUAGAGCUGGCGGAAAUAUGUCAGCGUCAGUUGGGUUUGACAACAUGUCUGCAUUUGACAUGCACCAACAUGGAUCGCUCACUGGUGGACGAUGCGCUCGAACAGGCCAAGGUGCUGGGCAUACGAAAUAUUCUUGCGCUCCGCGGUGACGCGCCACGCAGUGAGGAGUACCGAGACGAGGGACAGUUGCCAGAACAGGACUCGAAUAAAGAUUUUACCUGGGCAGCCGACCUGGUGAGGUACAUACGGAAACAGUACGGAGACUACUUCUGCAUUGGUGUGGCGGCAUAUCCCGAGGGCCAUUCGGAUGAAAGUCACCCUGAACAUCAGAGCCCAGAGCAUGAUCUUCCAUGGUUGGUGGAGAAGACCAAGGCUGGAGCCGACUUCAUUAUGACUCAACUCUUCUUCGAUGUUGAUGCAUACGAUCGAUUUGAGAAGCUGUUGAGGGAGCACGAGAGUGGUGCUUUCAAGACAAUGCCAAUCAUCCCCGGGUUAAUGCCGAUACAAUCGUACAAGAUUCUGCUACGGACUACAAAACUCUCGCAUGCGAGACUACCGCCAAAUAUGCUAGCGCGUUUGGAUGCGGUCAAGACGGAUGAUGAACGUGUCAAGCAAGUAGGCGUACAGAUUCUAGACGAAAUGGUUGAACAUAUCAAAGGGCGCUCGAAUGUUGGACGGAGAGGCUUCCAUUUUUACACCUUGAAUCUGGAGAAGGCCGUAUCGCACAUUAUUGAAGACACCAACCUCAUCCCAAGAGACUUGCCCGAAGAUGAUGACUCUGCCAUCUUCGAGACAACGCCAGCCAUCAACCUCGUUCCACCUCCUAACGGCACUAUGAGUCGCCGUCGCCGUUCUUCCGUCACCUCAAGUCCACGAAAUCGCGUUAUAGUGUCUCAACCAUCCGCCACCAAGUCUAGCAACCACUCUUAUGAAGCUCUCGACAGCGAAGCUGGCAUCCCCCGUGGCCCCGUCAACACCCGCGCGAAUACGCUCGCCAUCUCCGAAGGCGAGGGCUCUCUCGGUCGCGAAGCAACCUGGGAUGAUUUUCCUAACGGUCGCUGGGGUGAUGCGCGCUCCCCUGCCUUUGGAGAGAUUGACGGCUACGGACCAACCCUACACGUCUCCACCGCGCAAGCCCUAAAAUUAUGGGGCCACCCUGUAGAUAGAGACGACAUCUCAGACCUAUUCCGCAAACAUCUAGAGGGGGAACUGGACGCCCUACCCUGGAGCGAGCAAACCCUCUCCGACGAGACUCUGACCAUUAAGAAAGAGCUCCUUGCCCUAAACAAAAAAGGCUGGUGGACCGUAGCCUCCCAGCCCUCUGUCAACGGCGUGCGAUCCACUGACCCCGUCUUUGGUUGGGGUCCCCGAAACGGCUACGUAUUUCAAAAGCCGUUUGUUGAAUUCUUUAUCCCAUCCGAAGCCUUUGCAACACUGAAACCCCGUCUCGAAGCGCACGAACAAAUCACCUAUUUCGCCGCCAACGCUGCCGGAGAGUUCGAAGCCACCGAUGAGGAGGCGGUGAACCCCGUGACGUGGGGUACCUUUGCCGGCAAGGAAAUUGUAACGCCGACGAUCAUCGAAGCAGUCAGCUUUAGGAGCUGGAGCGAAGAGGCAUUUAGUAUCUGGAAGGAGUGGCAGUGCGUGUAUCCUAGCAAAAGUGCGAGUGCAAAGAUGCUGGGAGAGAUGAGGAAGGACUUGUGGCUUGUUAAUGUGAUUUGGGGGGAUUUUGUUAAUGGUGAGGGAUUGUGGGAGUUUUUGGACGGAUGA